ACUGCAGGCAUUUUUUCAAAGAUUUUUCAGCAGUUGAUCUUCACCAGUGACACUGAAAGGAGUUUAGAUUAUUUGACUAAAUGUUCACUUUCUUUUAUAUGUUUUAUAGAUAAUUAAAUAUAUCUGGUUCGGCUCUGGUUUUAAACCUUUUUCAUUUUUACUUUUAUCUGAGGAUUUAUUGGGCCUUAAGCAGAUUGUUUGAAACCAGAAUUUACUGAGUCAGUGCUCGGAAACAGUGACGUGAUGGCUGCUGCACAAGAUGACACUGAAGAGAUGAUGAGACCAGACUGUCUCAGGAUUGUUCUGAUUGGGAAGACCGGCAGUGGGAAGAGCUCAUCAGGAAACACCAUUCUGGGAAGAAAGGAGUUUAAAGCUGGAGCUUCUCCACAGUCAGUUACUACAAGCUGUCAGAAAGCCCACAGUGAGGUGGACGGUCGUCAUGUUGCUGUCGUUGACACUCCUGGUCUGUUUGACAACAAUUUGUCCCCUGAAGAAGUCAUUAAAGAGCUGGUGAAAUGCAUCAGUCUUCUUCCUCCAGGUCCAAAUGUCUUCCUGCUGGUGCAAAAGAUCGGCAGAUUAACAAAGGAAGACAAAAAGACAUUCAAACGUAUUGAGAAAGUAUUGGGAGAAAAUUAUAAAAAGUUUACCAUCAUCCUUUUUACCGGAGGAGAUACAUUGAUUAAUGAUGAGAUGACCAUUGAAGAAUACAUUGAAAAUGGAUGUCAUGAAUCCUUUAAGAAGCUGAUCGCUGACUGUGGAGGAAGAUACCAUGUGUUUAAUAACUGCGAUGAAGAGAACCACUCACAGGUCCCUGAGCUGAUCCAAAAGAUCAACACCAUGAUGAAGAACAAUGGAGGCAACUUCUUCAACAACGAGAUGCUUGCACUGAGCAAAUGGUAUAAAAGAUAAUUUUGAAACAUUGUUUUAUUUAAAUUACAUUUUAUUAUUCCUUCUGCUUUGCAUUCUGAACUGGUUGUUCAAAUAUUUAGCAUCUGUGUUAUUAAAUAGUUUUAGAGCUAAUUUAGCCUCAUUAUUAAUAUUCAUUCAAAGCCAAACCAACUGUUGCACAACAAGCGAAUCCUGAAGGAGAUCGGGAAAGAAAAGAUCUGUCAAAGGAAGAGUGGAGCAACAGAGCAGAGAAAACAGAGCUUUUUAAACAAUAAAUACAAACUGCACAUAUGCUUUUUAGAUAUUUAGUUUCCUGUUUUGCUCUAAAACACAGCAGGUUCCAGGAACUUUAGUUUGACGGCAAGUAGCUGAACUAUUUUAAUUUACAUCUCAGGGAGAAAAUGGAAAUAAGAGAGGAAAUUGUGAGCAGCCAGCCGGGUAGAACAUGUUCAAGUUCAAGGUUGAAUUUAGCAUUAAAGGAUUUUUCCAUCAGUUGAUCUUUUCUGCUGCUGAAUCUUUACAUUCUCAGACCCUCAGCUUCCAAUAAUACUUUAAAAACCAGGAAAUAUAACCUGACCCCAACUUUAAAUCUGUCUUUUCAUCUCUGAAUGAGUUACGAUUUAAACUGUAUAGAUUUUUCUGUGAUUUUUUUUUUUUACUUCUUUUUCUUUUGUUUGUUUUAUUUGAAUAUGUGCUGGUUAUCAACAGUAAAAAAUAGGAUUGUAUUUAUUAUAGAUUAGUUUCAUAUACAGAGGUGUGGGUGGAGGAAUAAACCUAUUUAAUCCCACUCCUCCAUGUAUCACCAUUAUCACGCCUACUGUUCUACUAUUAUAACACAUAGAUUAAAUCUUAGCAGACUGGGUCAUAAAUAUGUAACCCAGUCUGCUUCUGCUUCUGGUAGGAGACACCCCGGGAUCUCUGCCUUGUGUUCUGGGUCAAGGUGUUUUGCAACAGGGACAGAGGCUCCUGACACCGGGUUCUGAGUUGUGUUGAGAUCCUGGAGCAUUUAUUUCUUCCAGACGCAUUUCUUCUCACACCUUACAGGCAGUAACAGUAAACUGUAAAGAAUAUGGCAGCCUGGCAUAAGGACCACAGAGCUACGGUGUCCCUACUAGGACAAACAGAACUGUUGCGUUUCCAGAUAACAGAAAAACAGCACCACCUUUAGAAUGUAUAAUAAUAACCACAUAUAAAUAACUUGUGUGUUUAUUCAGUUUCACAAACAUUUCCAGGCUUUUUUAAAGUGUUUCAUUUUUUAGGUUUUAUUUUUUUAAAUUUUGGUCCAAGGAAUUUUGUUUUUUAAUGAAAAAUAAAAUGUUAAUGAUUGUUUUUUGCUAAUUACUUUCCAUUUGUUUUGUAUUUUUUCUGACAUUAUUAACUGGACUCACUGUUUUUACCUGUUCCUGACCAACUGAACAGGUUUUGUUGAUAACAGUUUAGAUGUUGGAAGAAUAAAGGAAAAAACGAGCUGCAGGUUUCUCUCACAGUUACGUGAUAACAUGGGAUGUUUGCAUAGAAAUGAUCUAUACAGAAAUCAAGCCAUCAAAGAGCUCCUUUUCUUACUUUGUGUCUAUUGUGUUUAUCAUCACUCUCUUAGUCUGCAUUAAAAUUUGAAAAUAAAAUCAUUAAACUUG